AUGCCUCGUACUGGCACGGCAAACCCCUUCGAACCGGUCUUGCCCAGGGAGAAAAGAUCAGACCCGUCUGUACCGGGUCACAUAUCCUCCAGACUUCCCACCACUGUGCGCCUGAUCGAGCAUGCUGUCCUGCUAAUAUCCAGGACAAACAACCCUGUCCAUGCGGACAUGGACACGGAUAUGGACAUAGUAGCAACACAGAAAGCCACCACUGGGGCCCAGAGCCACCGCAGCAGAACCCAAACUCCUGCUUUCCUGAAGCGCAAGCACAAGCGCCAAUUCCCAGCUGUUGCAACCCUCCACAGCCCCCAGCCUUCUGUCAAGACUGUCCUCCACACGACACUCCCCGCCCAGAGCCCUGUUCUCUAG